AAUAUAUAUAUAUAUAUAUAUAUAUAUAUACAGCUUCAGUCCAGCCAAUUUGCCUAACUUCAUUUGAGUUUCUUCCUUAAACCUUGUUCUUUACAACUCAAGUCUCUUUCUUUCCCUCCAUUUCUUCUACAUUCUGAAAGUGCAAUUUUUGUCUCUUUUCCUCAUAUUUUUGUUCAAGUUUUACAUGGAAUUCAAUGGGGUUCUCAUUUUAAUGAUUUGGGUUAUAGCCAUUUUGUUUGUGGAGAAUUCAAGUAAUGUAGAUGGAAGAUACCAUUUUCAUAAGGGUAAAAAAGAUGAAGAUUCCCCUGUUUCUUCACCACCAGAGAAGGCAGUUCCUUCAACUCCAGCUCAGUCAGUUCCUUCAGUUCCAUCUGAUCCUUAUCCUAAUGAUCCUGGAACUGGAAAUUCUACUUCUGAUUGUGUUUUUGAUGUUACUGAUUUUGGAGCUGUUGGUGAUGGCUGUACUGAUGAUACUGCUGCCUUUAAGGCUGCAUGGAAAGCAGCUUGUGCUGUUGAAUCUGCUACUCUUUUAGUUCCUUCUAAUCUUUGCUUUAAAAUCACUUCAACCAUCUUCUCAGGUCCUUGCAAACCUGGACUUGUGUUUAAGGUGGAUGGGACUUUGACGCCACCGGAUGGACCAGAGUCGUGGCCAAAAGCGGAUAGUCCAAGGCAAUGGCUUGUGUUUUACAGGCUGGAUCAAAUGACAUUGACCGGAAGUGGAACCAUUGAAGGGAAUGGGCAGAAAUGGUGGGAAUUGCCAUGCAAACCACAUAGGGGUCCAAAUGGGUCAACUCUCCCAGGACCAUGUGACAGCCCUGCACUGAUAAGAUUCUUCAUGAGCAGUAAUUUGGCAGUGAAUAGUUUGAGAAUCCAAAACAGCCCAAUGUUCCAUAUGAAAUUUGAUGGGUGUGAGGGAGUUCUGAUAGAAAGGCUGUCGAUUUCUUCCCCAAAGCUCAGUCCCAAUACUGAUGGAAUCCACAUAGAGAAUACCAAAGGGGUUGGAAUAUACAACUCCAUGAUAUCCAAUGGUGAUGACUGCAUUUCAAUUGGACCUGGUUGUGCCAAUGUGGCCAUUGAAGGAGUGACUUGUGGGCCUAGUCACGGAAUUAGCAUUGGGAGCUUAGGAGUCCACAAUUCUCAAGCAUGUGUUUCCAACAUAACAGUAAGAAAUGCAGUGAUUAGAGAUUCAGACAAUGGAUUGAGGAUAAAAACAUGGCAAGGAGGGUCGGGAUCAGUGAGCGACAUCUUGUUCGAGAACAUACAGAUGGAGAAUGUUAGAAACUGCAUCAUAGUUGACCAAUACUACUGCUUAUCAAAGGAUUGUCUAAACCAAACAUCAGCUGUGUUUGUAAAUCAGGUAUUGUACAAGAACAUCAAAGGAACUUACGACGUAAGGAACACUCCAAUUCACUUCGCUUGCAGCGACUCAGUGGCUUGCACAAAUAUUACAAUGUCUGAAGUAGAGCUGCUGCCACAUGAAGGAGAGUUGGUGGAAGAUCCUUUCUGUUGGAAUGCAUUUGGGGUUCAAGAGACAUUGACCAUUCCUCCUAUUGAUUGCUUGCAAGAGGGAGAACCUCAGAAUGUUGCUGAGACUUCAGAAUAUAGCUGCUGAAAGUGUUUCAGUGCAAACUCAUAAUAAGAACAAUAAUACUGUAUACAGUCCUCCCCACGGCAGAACCACCCAAGAGCCAUUUUAUGUAAAUGGGUCUUGUUUGUUAUGGCUUAGGCUCCAACUCCAUCCCUUUCUGGGUUCAUUUUUUGAUCCUCCCAUAUUGAGUGAUGUGAUGCCCUGUUGUAAAAUUUAAAUAGAAAUGUGGUGCUAUUGGUUUCGAACCGUGUAUCUUGUAAUUUAUAAUUUAUACAACUAAAUGCACCUUUAUGUUAGAAA